AUGGGGCAGAAGUGCAUGGAGAAGGUGUCCUCCUUCCUCUUCGAGUAUGACACCCCCAGGAUGGUGCUGGUGAGGAACAAGAAGGUGGGACUGACCUUCCGGCUGAUCCAGCUCAUCGUCCUGGCGUACAUCAUCGGGUGGGUUUUCCUCUACGAGAAGGGCUACCAGUCUCAGGACAGCAUCGUCAGCUCGGUCUCAGUGAAGCUGAAAGGCCUGACACUGACCAACGAGAGUGUCCUGGGCCCUCACAUCUGGGAUGUGGUGGAUUAUGUUUUUCCACCCCAGGGAGACAGCUCAUUUGUGGUGAUGACCAACUUCAUUGUCACCCCUGGACAGAAACAAGGAACCUGCCCGGAGGUAAACACAGUGGCUUCCUGCAGCUGCCUCAGCGUCUGUAGUUCAGGGGGGUUUAACGGCCGCCAAGGACAAGGGCUCAUGACGGGCAAGUGUGUGCAUUUCAACAGCUCUGUGAAGACCUGUGAGAUCUUUGGCUGGUGCCCUGUUGAGGUUGAUGACCACAUUCCCAACCCUGCCCUGUUGUCAGAAGCAGAGAAGUUCACCUUGUUCAUCAAGAACAGCAUCACCUUCCCCAGGUUCAAGGUGUCCAGGCGCAACUUGGUUGAGAGCGUUACCAAGCAGUACCUGAAGAGAUGCACCUAUCACAAAGUCACCGAUUCCUUAUGCCCCGUGUUUGACCUGGGAUACAUAGUAAAGGAAUCGGGUCAGAAUUUUACCUUCCUGGCUGUUAAGGGUGGAGUGGUGGGCAUCACCAUAGACUGGAACUGUGACCUCGACUGGCCCGUCCGGUACUGCAAACCCAUUUACCAGUUCCACGGUCUUUACAAUGACGACAGUAAUGUUUCACCAGGCUUCAACUUCAGAUAUGCCAAAUACUACAAAGAAGAUGGGACAGACAAGAGGACGCUCUACAAGGUGUUUGGGAUCCGGUUUGACAUCUUGGUGAAUGGCAAGGCAGGCAAAUUUGACAUCAUCCCAACCAUGACCACAAUUGGCUCUGGAAUUGGUAUUUUUGGAGUGGCCUCUGUCCUCUGCGACCUGCUCCUGCUGCAUUUUCUCCAAGGACGGGACUAUUACAAGCAGAAGAAAUUCAAAUAUGCGGAACAGGAGCCUUCAAAGUUGCAUAAGAAGGAAAAGCAGCUGGACAACACGCAGUGA